AUGCAUAGGGCCCUAACAAAUUUCGUCUUCAAAAAUGUUAAAAAGAAAUCAGUUCCAAGUACCUGCUUCGGAAAUGAGGUUAUUAAUUAUUUCCUUACUGGAUCAGCUUUUAUGUUAGUCGGUUUUGGAUGGGGUAAGAAUUGCAAAAAGACUUGCGGACCUUGCAUCUUGCCCACCUGCAACUUUGAUGGAAAGUGCUACUUCGAGGGAUCCAGCGCUUGUGUCCUGGAAAACGAAAAGUGCCGACGAAAGAUGAAAAAACUUCCACAAUUUAUAAAAACAGAAUCGGGAUUCUGCGAGGAAGGUGUUAAGAAGUGCAAAUAUUAAAACGAAAUGAUUUACAUUUUUAUGAUAUCCUAAUUUACCCGUGAAUUAAAAUGCUACCAAAAAUACGCAGCAAACUAUUAUAUUUUCAAAAGAAAAUACUCAAGGCUAUUGAAAAUAAAAAUU